AUGCCCGAUUUAGAUGGUCACAGUCCGCAUGACAUCGCGUCGCGUUUAGUCACAUGUGUAACACCCCUCACCUCCAACCAUGAAUCGGGAGCAGACAUUGGACAAAGCCCAAGCCUUCCAGGAUCCUUUUCGAGAAAUCCAGCAUUGGAAUUGCUCAUCACUCUCAGACAUUUGCUCAGGCAGCAGGCAGAUGCAGAAGACGUAGAAGUGAAGGACCCCAGUAUCAUCGCUUCCGACGUCGCUGCCCAGAUUGCCUUUUUUCGGAAAUUGAAAUUUCAGUACCUCGAGCAGAAUGCCAAAGACAAAUAUGUCAAGUCGAUUAUUCUUAAUGAUCAAAGGAAAGAGAAGCUGAAAAGAGCUAAAACGAGGCUUGCUGAAGUGCAACAAAAUAUCAGGGUGUUGGCGCCAUCAGUCGAAACGGAUUACAAUCGCGUCAAAGAGGCGUCAUCACAGACUGCGGACUUGUCGAAAAAGAUUAUAGAUGCGCGUCUUGCUCUUACUAGGUUGCGCCAAUCACAUCCCCAACCUAGGAUGACGGUUCAAUCGGCGGACCAGAAGCUAGCCGAUCAAAUCGUAGAAAUGCAAGAGUUGACCGACAAAAUAGAAGCGGUAACACAAAGGGUCAAGGAGGUGAAGGAUAAAGUCAAGGGAGGAGCGCUAGAAGUGGAAAAUCUGAGAAUACAAAGAGCCGAAGCUGAAAAGAGUGUCAAAGUGGACGUAGACGACGGCAAAUGGUUGCCCUUAUAUGACUGGUUCACAGCAUCCCUGACACUCCAUCGCUCUAUUAUCAAUCUCACACAAAUGGAUAACGUCUCCGACAAUGAAAUACGGCUCACUUACAAAGUCGAUCUAUCACAAUCCAAAUCUCGAGACAUAUCGAUAGCCCUCAUUUUCGUUCCCGGUACCCGGAAACUAGCAGCGGUACAAGUUGGAGGCAUAAACGACUUGCACAUUGACGUCACCGAAAUCAUCGACGCCCACGUUCAGGUUAAUGACGUGCAAGGAGUCGUGGCGGCAAUUAUAGCCAGAAUCCGCAAUGAAGCAUGA